AGGUGUUUCCACACCCAAUUUUAAUUUCACUAGUCAUAUAGCAAUGUUCUGAUUAUGAGGUCUGUAUUCUUAAGUAAUUGUAUAUUUUGUUAAAACAGAUUUUGAGGUCAUAAUCAAUGCCAUUGCUGUGCCUGCCAGCUGGCUACUCUUCAGUUUGGCAAGACUUCAAGGGGAUUAUAAGAGGAUAAGAGAAUGGAGCAUUUUGUAAGGGAAUGAAGGAGAAAAGAAUCAAAACUUUACGUAGAGCUAAAGCGAUAGAAAUUCCCACCUUUCAGAAAUUGGAGUACUAUAUAACUAACUGCACAGUGUUAUUAGAACACAAAUUUAAUAAGUUUAAAAUAAACCUAUAGGAGUAGACGUAAGGAUAAAAUGGAAAGGUAAAGUUGCCUCAGACACUUAAAAAAAAAAAAGUAAAAGUGAAUUUAACACGGCAUUGGUGAGGCCUUGUUUAUUCCCCCUAGGAACGUCAUUUGGAAAACCCAGCGCCUUGAGGACCCUUUAGGAGCCAGGACUGGAAGCUGCGGAACCAAAGGCAGCCAGUCCUUGGUUGCAGGGGCGGACGUGAGCCCAGUCUGUCCGUCCGCAAGUUUCCCCCCGGGCUGGGACCUGGACGUGCUGCAGAUUCAGGUUCUCCGGCGUCGCAGUGGGGGUCGCUGGCCCGAGGUAAAGGGCGACUGAGAACUCUCCGUGCCCCAGGUGAGGAGAAGGAGCCCAAGUCCCCGCGGCUCUGAGGGAGCCGAUACACCUUUAGGAGUACACCCCGGGGGUGGCCCAGCUAGUACUCCGGGAAAGAACACGCCCCUUUCCCACCCGCUUUCCUCCACACGCCUUCUACCUGGGUUUUGAAGUUUCCCGACAGUUUUCCUUCCUCAGAGGACAGUUCUUAGGCAAAAGCGCGUGUUCUUCCUUUGCCUUAGAACCUCUUUCACUUUCUGUGCGUUCCCGCGCCCGUCUCCAGGUCGCAUUUUUGUGGUUAAGAAUUACAUUUUCAGACAGGGUUUCCCUGCAGAGGAAAUUGAACUGCAGUUAUGGUAAUUGUUAGCACGCUUGAGGAAGUCGUCUUCACAGAUACCCUUCACCUGUUUGCCCGGAGUAAACAGAGUAAACGGGCCAAUUGUGUAGUCUCAACAAGCUAAAACUGAAUCUGGCUAGUAGACAAAAGUUAAAGGACUUACCUAGAACACCGCGGGGCCCACCCUAGAUAGCUGACUGCUGCCUUCCUAUGACCAGAGGGAAUUUAAUCGGAAAUCCUUUAGGUGGCUGCCUCUCGGAAGACAGCUGGGGGCUUUGGGUUGUCUGGUAGGAGACCCGGCUGCUGGACAGGGAAAAGAACUUCGUUUAGAGCUUUCUUCCCGUUUUGAGAUUCGUUGACCUACAUACAGAAUGCUUCGGUACUCAUAUUUUUGUAGAAUAUGUAAAGAAUUUCCUUCAUGCUGGUUGGAAUUUGGCAUGCUUAAUUUAGGUGUCUGGCCAAAAAAAAUACACAGUACAGCAGAAGUACAUAAUGACUAUGAAGCCCAGGGACAAUCAGAUCAAACUGGAGCUCAGGAGUUGCACAAAUCUCAAGAUAGAGAUUCUGAAGCUAUGACUGAAUUACACAUUCCAGUAAUGGUGGAUGAAGUUGUCCGUUGUUUGGCACCACAGAAAGGGCAGGUUUUUCUAGAUAUGACAUUUGGUUCAGGAGGACACUCAAGAGCCAUACUACAGAAAGAGUCAGAUAUUACUCUAUAUGCCUUAGACAGAGACCCAACAGCUUACGCAAUAGCUGAACAGCUUUCAGACUUAUAUCCUAAACAAAUCCGAGCCAUGUUAGGCCAAUUCAGCCAAGCAGAAGCCUUAUUAACGAAAGCUGGAGUACAGCCAGGGACUUUUGAUGGAGUUCUUCUGGAUCUUGGUUGUUCCUCCAUGCAACUUGAUGCUCCUGAAAGAGGUUUUUCCAUUCGGAAGGAUGGUCCAUUAGACAUGAGGAUGGAUGGUGGCAGGUACCCUGACAUGCCCACCGCUGCUGAUGUUGUGAAUGCUUUAGAUCAACAGGCACUUGCAUCCAUCCUCAGGACAUACGGGGAGGAAAAGCACGCCAAGAAAAUCGCUUCAGCAAUCGUUCAGGCACGUAGCAUCUACCCCAUCACCAGAACCCAGCAGCUUGCCAGCAUCGUUGCAGGUGCAUUUCCUCCCUCUGCUAUUUAUGCACGAAAAGACUUGCUACAGCGAUCUACCCAUAUUGCUACCAAGACUUUCCAGGCUCUUCGCAUAUUUGUGAACAAUGAGCUCAAUGAACUCUAUACAGGACUAAAGACAGCACAGAAGUUUCUGAGACCUGGUGGACGACUUGUUGCCCUCUCUUUCCAUUCACUAGAAGAUCGCAUAGUCAAACGAUUUUUGCUUGGGAUAAGCAUGACAGAAAGGUUUAACUUAAGUGUUAGACAGAAGGUGGUACAGGCCUCACAAUUGAGUUCAGGUCCUGAGAACAAGGAAGAAGUCUCUGCAGGAAGAGCUCCUUUAAUGUGGGAAUUGAUAAACAAGAAGGUACUUACUCCAGAAGAUCAAGAUGUACAAGAAAACCCCAGAGGACGCUCAGCCAAGCUUAGAGCAGCUAUCAAAUUAUGAGGAAGUGACCAUCACCUGAUCUUCAAACUUUAGUUUCUCUUCAUUUCUUUAUGUGAUAUUCCAAAACAGCUUGUGAUAGCUUAAAGUGUGAGAUAGUUUUGAAAUCGAUGGCAUUUAGCAUUAUUAUUUUUAUCAGAAAUGAAUUUAAGAAAUAGGAGCAUGACACAGGAAAUUCAACACAACAUAUCUCAAGGCUGGAAAAUGUGUUUAUAUUAUGUAUGAUUUUUUUUCUAUGACCGGGAAGUUAGAAAAAGCAACUACUACUGUCGUGUCUAUCUAAAAACAUAAACUGAAAUUAUCAAGAGAGAAACUAUUAUAAUCAUAUUUGCAUGCCCUAAAUUCUGAAUUUAAAUGGUCAGAUUUGCAAUAGACUUUUUAUAGCUAAAAUAGUGAUGAUCAUUGAAUUAAUUUCAAUUUUCCUACUUCUGAAUAAUUAAUCACUAUAGUUUUUUUAGCUGUAGGCCUUAUACAAGUUUGAAAAUUUCAAAUAUUUGGACUGGUAUUUUGACGUAGUUUAUAAAGUCGCACUGCAAUGCCAGCAUUCCAUACCUAUGCCAGUUCAACUCCCAGCUGCUCCACUUCUUAUCCAGCUGCCUGCUAAUGGCCUGGGAAAAGCAACAGAAGAUUGCCCAAGUGCAGACAAUUGUUUCACUGAAGUCUAUUUAAUUUUAAUUUUAAUUGUGCCCAUUUUAAAAAUAGCCCAAGAGCAGCCUUUUUUUUUUUUUUUUUUUAAUUUUUUGACAGGCAGAGUGGACAGUGAGAGAGAGAGACAGAGCGAAAGGUCUUCCUUUGCCGUUGGUUCACCCUCCAAUGGCCGCCGCAGCCGGCGCACUGCGGCCGGCGCACCGCGCUGAUCCGAUGGCAGGAGCCAGGAGCCAGGGGCUUUUUCCUGGCCUC